AUGAGUUCAGCAGAUGAAGUUCCAUUCCAGUUGGAGGAUCCAACUCUUUUAAAGCAACAGUCAUUUGUGAAUGGUCAAUGGUUUGAGGCAGCUUCAGGUGCACGCUUUGAUGUGAUCGACCCAGGCACUGGUAGCCCAUUCGCGUCUUGUCCCGCGAAUGAUGCGGAAGACGUCAACUAUGUUGUUCAGACAUCCCAAGACGCAUUUAAACGCUAUUGCUGCACUACGCCUCGCCGCCGAGCACAUAUGAUUUUACGCUGGCACGAGCUUAUUACUGCCGCCAAGAGAGACAUCGCGACUAUCUUUACAUAUGAGACUGGCAAGCCACGGGCUGAAGCUCUGGGGGAGCUUGACUAUGCCUUGGGCUUUACCUGGUGGUUUGCUGGAGAGGCAGAGCGGAUUCAGGGAACUGUCGGGCACUGUUCAAUUGCGAAUCGUCGCAUCAUAACGAUCAAGCAACCGAUUGGAGUCUCGGCCGCACUGGUGCCGUGGAAUUUCCCAGUUACUAUGAUUCUGCGGAAGGCAUCAGCCGCUCUCGCUGCUGGCUGCACUAUGAUCAUCAAGCCCUCCCCUGAAACCCCGCUGAGUGUACUUGCCUUAGCUGAGUUAGCAGUGCGCGCAGGAGUUGGCAAGGCGGCUCUCACAGUUUUGACGACAGAUAUGAAGCGUAUUCCUGGUCUGAGUGAGAGCCUAUGCAAGCAUCCACUGGUCCGUAAGGUCACUUUCACUGGCAGCACCCGCGUCGGAAAGGUGAUCUCCCACCACUGCAGUGAUGGGCUGAAAAGGUUCACACUGGAGCUCGGCGGGAAUUGCCCAUUUGUGGUGUUCGAUGAUGCUGAUCUUGAAAAGGCAGCGGAUGCUCUAAUCCAGCUCAAAUGGCGACACGCUGGGCAAGCCUGUAUCACCGCGAACCGUGUAUAUGUACAGAACGGCGUCUACAGCGCCUUUGAGACAUUACUCAAAGCUAAAGAUUGGUCAUGGAUCAGCAAAAGAUACGACUCUUGGUCCUUUGACAACGCUCGGGGGGUAGAUAAGGUUGAGUCCCACGUAAAAGAUGCAAUCGCUCAGGGCGGGAGACUGGUACUUGGAGGGUCUCGCCCUGCUGGCCUCACCGGCUACUUCUACUCUCCUACAAUUAUUGCAGAAGCAAGCAAAAAGAUGAUGGUUGCUGAUGAAAAGACUUUUGGCCCACUAUGUGCUCUUUUCCGUUUCGAUACUGAAGGCGAGGCUGUGGCUUGGGCAAAUAACACUAGUAUGGGCCUUGCAUCAUACGUCUUCACCCGCAAUGUGAACCGUACAUGGAGACUUUUGGAGGCUGGAAUGAUCGGAUUAAACACAGGAAAUCAAUCCGCCGCAGAAACGCCGUUUGGUGGUAUUAAAGAGUCGGGAUAUGGCAAGGAAUCUGGAAAAGACGUGGCUAUUAACGAGUAUCUCAUAACCAAGUCUGCAACGCUCACUCUGGAUGAAAGCCCUAUUACUUAA